CAUGACAUUAUGUGAGUCUCAAUUGGAUCCAUGUCAAAGAAAUUUCUCAGAAGUUCUGAGAAUAUUUGAUUUGAGGAUCUGAGGUCUCAAAGCCCAUGGGCCUACACCAGAGGAGAGAUACGGGCCGACUAUGAAGAAAACUUCUGCUCAGAAUAAGGUCCAAAUCAAUUGCAAACGCAGAAGUCAGAACGGAACACGCAGUCGUCGACGGCGGCGGCGACGCCCUCUACCCUUCUGCUCCCGCCGGCUCCUCCCAUUUCGAGCUCCCCGCCGAAGCCGUUCCCGCUCAGAUCAGUGGAAGAUUGAUUAGAAGCGAUUUAAGACCAAAUCCCAUGGAAAGGGACAACUCCAGCUCAAAACGCCCUGUUUUCUGCCUGAAAUGGCCGUGGGAGACUGCAAUCCCUAACCAGAACAACCCUAGAAGCCCUUGCACGCUCGAAACCCCAUGGCUGUUCAGAUCCUUCCAGAAUCUGACGUCUCUGGCCGUCAAUUUCAUCAACACCUCGCCGAGAUCCAGAAACUCUCCGCUCGGAGGGACAAUGGGGAAGAAAUCGAGUCCGGAGGAACAAUCCGCGGCGGAGCAGGGCGCGUUUGCGGCGGCGCUGGCGAGCGAUAAAGCCGCGACGGUGCUGGAGUUCUACUCCCGCAAGUGCCAACUCUGCAACUCCCUGUCGAAAUUCGUGGCCGAAGUCCAGAAACGGAACGCCGAUUGGCUCAACAUCGCGUUCGCCGACGCCGAGGACGACCGGUGGUUGCCUGAGCUUCAGCAUUAUGACAUAAAGUAUGUUCCAUGCUUCGUGGUGGUGGACAAGGAAGGGAGGGCGCUGGCAAAAACAGGGGUUCCGUACAGCAGGCUCCAUGUCGUCGCAGGCGUUUCUCAUCUCCUAACAUUGGGACGCCCUCACAGAGAACACAACCCAUGAUCUCAUCAUCUCUCAUAUGCUCUUCCAUUGCUGCAAUGAUGAAGAACCGGGGCGACUGUUGUUGUCAAAUACAAGAAGCUUUGCUCUAUAUAGCCUUUGACAACUUCCCUUUGUAUGACAAUUGUGUAUCUGUGUUUCGGUGUAAGAGGCUGUUUGAUAACUUCUAAAUCGGUAAGUGCUGAAUCAGUAUAAGAGGUCUGAACCAUUAAGAGCUAGUAUAUUGCUUAACUAUUCAGAGGCAAAUGUCUGAUCAAUUCAGAUAAAAGGUCUUAACCAUU